AUGUGGCCUACUGCGCGUUUCGGAAUAAUUCUGGAAUUUUUGGCGUGCCUGUCGACGAUGUUCGGCCAUCAUUAUCCCAGCGCUGCGGCCAGGGUGAGUUAUCUGCGCAGUCGGUCCGUCCGUCGGUCAGCGAAUCGGGAAAAUGUUCAUUGUGGGGGGGGCCCAUUUUUUUUUCCAUUAGUCAUUUCCGUGUAAAACGUAACGGGUACCGAUAUUGUACAUUUACCGAGCACAUUUUUUUUUACGGUUGUAUUUGUCAGGACGGGCGAAUGCAAUUCUCAAACACCCCUCACCCCUCUCUUGGAGUACACCUAAAUUCAACACUGGCCCGCGCAAACGGGUUAAGAUACGGUUUCCAAGCGCAGUUUACGCGUAUAGUGGUUAGCAAGACGCCCAGUGGCGUGGCCAGGAUUUCUCAACGGGGAGGGGGGCAGUAAAAAAACGUUAUACGAAAUUGAUUUGUAUUGUUUUCGCUGAUUUGUGUACUUAUUGUACGACCAGAUAAAAUGCUAAGUGCAUCCUGUUGAAAUUAAUGAAAUAUUUAACAACUGUUCAUUUAUAGUUCGUUUAUUGCAAACAAUUUAAAUAAUUAUUAGGUAAAUAUUCUUAAUGAGUUACUUACCUACUUCUUUUGAUUUAUAAUAUAACAUUAUUAUUGUGUUCAAUCUGUAACUUUAAUCGUCCUAGGCGAUUCAAUGUUUCUAUCGCUAUAAUAUUAUAGUAAUUAUACAUAUUAGAUAAUAUAUAUUCAUAAUAUCAUAGGCGUAAUUAUAUAUACGUACUCACAUAUAUUAUAUUAUAUACUUAUCAAUGGAUUUACUGAUGUAAAACCAAUAAAAUAAAAAUUUUAAAAAUACAUCCAAUGGGAGGGUAUGGCCCCUCUGCCCCCCCCUGUCAACGCCACUGCAAGAUGGGACAUGCUUAUUUUAUCAUGAUGAUCAUAUUAUGAAUAUGUGUCAUCGCUAUUUACGAGAUUUUUCGAACUAUUAUUAAUCAACAGGCAUUUUAAAAACAAUGAAAUAUUAUAUAUUUUGAUAAUAUCCUUUUUUAUAAUUUACAUCGGCAACAAAUAGCCCAAAAGAAUCGACUCAGAAUUUGAAAGAAACGCACCGUCUUGCACCAAUAUUGUCUGUUAUAUUAUACCUAUGUCUUAUACUGGAGGGAUAAUUUCCAAAAAUAUUAGUUACACAAUUAAGUCAAAUGUAAGUGUAUUUUUUAAUACAUUUUUAGGUGGCGGAAUCGAUAGAUUGUUUUUUAGACUUCCUGUACUAGCGGAAUUUGUAUACCUUUUUCCCAAUUAUUAAAAGGUCCGUCGGAGUCGAUGAACUCCCGUCAAUUGGUAAUCGUACACCAUCCGAUUAGAUUAACUAGGGUCGGAUUAAGCCCAAAUAUAAUGUAUCUAUAUAUAUAUAUAUAUAUAUGGAUAGUAUUAUAUCUUAGACACAUCAUUUUUAUUAACCCAUUACGGAGUCAUUCAAGUGAUAUAGAUAAUAUCAUUAUCGACACCUGGAACUUUAGCUGCACAAUUAUCUUAUAAUUACUUAUUGCUGAAUUUUAUGAUACACAGAUUUUAUUUUUCGAAACAUUUGAAUGUGAUUAGUAUUGAAAUACUAUUAUAUAGUACUAGAAAUGAAAUAAAUAAAAUAUCUUUUGCCAUUGCCAGUGCCUACCUCGCAUAUCGUAAAUCCGGACCUGUCGAUAUACUGUACCAGGUAUCUGGACGUGCAGAACGACGAUUUUGUGUAUUAGACCCGAGAUUAGGGAAGAAAGUUUUAUAAUAAUAUUCGUUAUUCUCCUCACCGACGAAAAUCAAGGUCAAUUUACCGAAUUUACGGUAUUAUAUAAUAAGCAUAUCGCCACAAAAAUUAAUUUUUUUUUUUUCCCCGGUUUGCAAUACCUGCAGAAUGUUCAAACAUUCACAGUCACAGACGUGGCAUACCUGGACGUCGAAAUGGCCGGCCAGGGAUUGGGGCGCAUCGAAAUCGGACUGUUCGGCGACGCCGCGCCCAAGACGGUAGCCAACUUCGUGACCAUACUGACGCAAGGCAUCGGCGGCCGCACGUACGCCGGCACCAAGUUUCAUCGGGUUAUCGAAAAAUUCGUCAUACAAGGUUCGUUCAUAGCAUUCAAAUUUCCGCACAAUAUCGAUUGUUAUUCUUAGUCUAAAGAUUGAUCAGAUGAUUAACGUUUCUUUCCGUCCUGUUACUUAUAGUUCUUGAAAGUUCUACAUCAUGUUAGGUAAAUGUUAAUUUAUAUAGGUACUUGUUUGUUUCUUUGUCUUCCGUCACUUGUUUCCAGUGGUUGACUUGUGAAAAAAGGAGUAGAGGUACUCUGGCUACUUUUAAAAAAGUAGAGUCCCUAGCAUUUUUUUACUAUCCCUCACAUUACUGCGGGGGGGGGGCAUCGCGUGCAUCUCCUUUCCCGGUCUCCUAAGAAAUAUAUGUAAAAUCAUUAAAGACACAUCACAACAAACAGAACAAUAUGAAUUAAAAUGUACAAAAUAAUUAUUACAAACUUAUUUUUAUUUUUUUCAUAUGCGUUUUUAUAAUUUGUAUAUAAUUGUUUUCAUUUUAAACAUCUUCAUUUAAAAGAUUCCAUAAUUUAGAAUAUUGUUAGUUGGGUUUUUCUUGUCUUUUUGGACAGCAUGUUUCAUUUGUAUCCCUUCUUCCACCGCGGACCCAUGACUUUACAUAGUUGCUUGGAAUAAAAUCGAUUACUCGGGGACCAACACAUUCCAUGAAAUGGAGUGAUGAUAUGUGUUUUGUAGAUAAUAUAUUUAUUUUUGAUGUGACAGUGUUAUUACUAGCACUGAAACUCCUUUCACAUUCAAAUGAUGAAAUGACAAUGGUUUUAAUGAUCACUAAUAAUGGUUUUAAGGAAGGUAUUGAUGAUAACAUUCCAGUAUCUUUAUAUUCUUUAUAACCUUGAAUAGUAGAUGUUUAAUAUGACAUGGGAGUCUUACAGUUCUUUUUUUAUUCAGCUCAACUACUAAACAGAACACAAAAGUAACUAUAAAUAGUAUAAGAACUAUAAGCAGUGGUGUAAAUGUGACCGUAAAAAAAAACUGGGUAUACGCCAGGUACGUCCCUGAGUGGGGGGAGUGAGUGGGUUGAUAGCUCCCCCCUCGCAAUAAGUCAUAUGAUGCUAUAUUUAUGUUUCACAAAAUAUCCAUAAUUUGUGCUAUUUUGUACUAUUUUACUGCAUCUGUACAUACAAUGUAUAUUUAAAUAAUACUAUAAUUAAAUUGUAUACUGAUUUUACUAGUUUUAGAAUGUAAUUAAAAAUGUUUUUGCAUUAUAAAAAUGACCUAUCAUAAAUGUGAAAAUUGAAUCUUAAUUUGAAUGUUUUAAAUGGAAAUCUUUUUUGAGGGGAACAAUUUUUUGAUAUUAGGAACACUAAACAAACCAAGGAUGACUAAAUAAAUAACCGGAUACGAAUUACGAUCAUUCUAAAAAUAGACUGUGAGAAGAAUACUACAUAAUAUUAUACGUGUAUCGCGUUUAUUACUUGAUAUCCCCAUAUCAUAGGUUAGUUCGUACCCAGUACCACGGUUUAGACCCUAUCCACAACCACAACCAUGGUUACUAGGUUGAUAUAAUAAGCGCUAAAUAAUAAUUUAAUUCUUUUUUUCCAUUUCAUUUUUUUAUUGAAGUAAACAAUUUUUUCAAUAAAUUGUUCGAUUUGAAUCUGGUUACAAGUGGGUACAAGUCCGUGUACCCGCGUAUAUCCUCCACUACAUCACUGACUAUUAAGUAGUAAUAAAGGGUACGACAAUUCAUUUUUAUUAUAAGCACAUAAAACACAUUUCCCAAACAGAGGAAAAAAAAAUAUAAUAGCAUGUUGUUACUGCAUGUUAUUAAAAUAGCAUGUACUACUCAAUAGUUACUGGUUAUCAUCCAUAAUGUAAGAACUCUUAUUGAUUUUUAAAUGAUGAAUGGUUAUCAUUGCAGUGAUAUCCCUAGACCCUUUUAUAGGGGGGGGGGGGGAAUUUCAUGCAUAAUAUAUAUAUAUAAAUACACUAAUUACUCUACCUAGUGUUUAUAUCUGGUUUCACUUGUGGUGUGUGAUGUCAUAUGUACCAUAGGCAUGGAUAUGGAUUAAAAAAAAAAUUUAAAUUAUUAAAAUAAAAAAUUUUGAAAUUUCGGCUUUUGAGGAAAAACAAAGUUACUUAUUAAUAUAUUCACGGUAUUUAAAAUAUUUCUAUAUAAGUAUAUUUAAAUAUAAACUAAUAAUAGAAUUAAUUAGGUAAUAAAGUGAAAAAAAUAAUUUACCAAUUAUAGGUACUUAUUUACAUCUCAUUUAGAGUUAAAAAAACGGUUUCUAUCCUUUUUCCCGAAUCAAAAUUCCGGAAUGAUCUUCUUCCCCAAUGGUAUUUUUCCCGAAAGUCCGUAAAUCCGAAACCUAUUUUCCCGUCAUGGUUAAUAUUGUUAAAAAUAAAAAUGAAUUAAUAAUUAAAUGUAAAUAUAAGUGUGUAAUAAUUAAAUAUUUUAAAAUUCAUAAUACAUAUAAACAAAUAAAAAUAAAUUAGUAAAAUAAUAAACGCUGUAGUUACGUUGUGCACUUGUGCGGCCAUAACUCAAAAUAAUAAAGAUUAUAUUUUACAAACCAAUAUUGUGCACGAUAACUCGUAGAAAUUCAAACUCUUCGUAUGUUUCAAAAUUACUCACAAUGCCCAUAAUUCGAGUUUGAAAAUCCUGCAAUUUUCUUUUCGGUACCGCUCGAGACUCAGCUCUGCAAUCAUUAUUUCGGCAUGAGCUUGUUCUUUUUGGAAUUCGCCAAGAGCAGAGUAAAGACCAGGAUGAUAUUUGCCGAUAACAUGCUGGAAGCGAUUAUUAAUAUUAAUAUUAUCGUAUCUAAGUCAUACAUUUUGAUUGACGACUGGUUGAAUCUUAAUUGAUUUUCUUUUUUUCUAUUUCCAUUUCGGGAAAAAUACGCGUUGGGAAAAAGGUAUUCGGGAAAAUAGGUUUCGGAUUUACGGACUUUCGGGAAAAAUACCGAGAACCAAAAAAAACUAGUUGAAUAUGAAUGUAAUAUUUAAUUGAUUAAAGAAUAAAAUCCACUUUGUGUUUUGAUUUGGCAAAGUAAUUAAUUAUGUUAUUAGUAUUUAAUGAAAUAUUAUUACGAAUACUCAUAAGUGUCAAACCAAUCAAACGUGUUUGCUCUAUUUGAUUUCUCAACUACAUUUUUAAUCAAAUGAUCAUAGAAAUGCAAGGAAAUAAUUAUAAAACGAAAACAAAACUAUGUACAAAAGCUUUAAAAAUAUAAAUAUACAGGAUUAAAAUAUUAAUUUAACACACAACACUCAUUAUUUAGAAAAGUAUUAAUUUUUUUCGGAACUUUCUUUUGAUAAAUCAGUUAAAAUAUACAAGAAAUGUAAUAGGUUAUUUUUCUUAUAAAUUAAAUUUGAAUUCAUAAAAAAAAAAAUAUCCUCAUAGAUUUCUGGUAUUAAAAAUAGGGGUUUUCAUUUAAAAAUCAAAAGUUGAUACUCAUUUAGGGUAGAACAAGAGAUUAAAAAUAUCAUACCACUAAAAAUUCAAAAUUUUAAUAUUUAAACUAAUUUCCCAAAAGAAAAUACCAAAAAAAGUGAAUAAUAUUCAAAAAAUUAAUGAAUAUUGUGUGUUGAAUUAAUCAGUCUGCCUGUACCUGUAUCGGUAUGUGUAGUUAAUGAUGAAUAUAUUUCUGUGUUUUUAGUUUAAUAAAUCUAGUUUUAUAGAGUAUAUAAUACUCUGUGGGCAUUAUACAUUUUCCUUUAUUUUACAUUAAACUUUUGUUUAGUUCAAUAAAUAGCACAUUUUUAAAUUAUUUUAUUAAACUACAAAUUUUAUAACAUUAAAAGAGACAUAUUGUAUUAAUUAUUAUCAAUAAUCGGUCAUUCAAUUGCAUUAAAAACAAUAAGUUGGUAGAUAUAAAAGAAAAUAAUUAUAAAAAAUGAAUUUUUUUUUUUAUUACAGUGCAAAAUAGUACUAAGUAUACAAUAUACUGUACAUACCAUCCAUCUCGAUGGCAUAUUAUGAUAAAAUUCGUUUUAUUUCGGAAUGAUAACAUUCUUUUUUUUUUCGCGUCUAAUAUGCGUCAUCACAUGAUUUUACAAUGUACUUUUAAGUAUUUUCCUAGUGUGAUAUAAAUUAUAAAAAUUAAAAAAAAACUGCCCCAUUCACCGUACCCCCAUUUGAGGACGCCUGAUGGCUACUUAUAAAUUAUCACGUAUCACAUAUGAUAUGCCAAUAUAUUUUGAAUAUGUAUAAAAUUUAUAUAUGUAAAUUUAAAAUUUAAAAAGAGCAGUUUUAUAAAAAUAAUUAAGCUUAUAACAACCCAUUCCCCCCUAAAAAAUAAGUAGGGGUAUGCUAGAAUAUCCAAAAAAUCAGUUGAGGUACUCAGUCCACCCGCUUGCUUCAUGAACAGCGUUCUUAGUCUUCUUCUUUCUCAUGAAUGUAAUUCAAAUGUAUCAAGUGUAGCAAGAUCAAGGUAAUUUUAAAUAGUUAGAGCAUUGGGAAGGUAAUUUUUUGAUUUCUCGAGAGGUUUUCAUAAUAAAUAGAAAAAUCGAAAAAAGACGAAAAAUAAAAAAUGAACAAAUUUAGUGCGUACGAUUUUUAUCGUUUUUAUAUUGACAAAACAAGUUGCUAUAUUUAUUUCGCAAGCGAAUUUGUUGGUCACUUAAUCAUGUGUAUUAUAAUAAUUUUAUAUUAGAGUAGCUUGAUAUUUUCUGCGAUUGUAGUUUGAAAAAAUAGAAUCUAUAAUUAUUGAUUUAUAUAAGACGCGGGUAGGUAAGUGUCGUGUGGUUGGUAAUUAUCUAAGUUAGCCCCCAGUAAAUAAAAAAAGAGCUGAUACUGGAGACGCGUGUGCCACUGUAUAGGUGAGAAAUUGAGAAGGCAUGGUACAUAAUAUUAAGUUAUUUAAUUUAUAAAUUAAGUAAACAACGAUAAACCAUUGCCAACUAAAGAUGAUUCGAGCGAAGUUCGGUUAUACAUGUUUUGAAAGGCCGUAAUAUUUAAGAUUUUCGUCAAAAUUCGAUUUUAAAACUUAUAAAAAAAAAACAACAAAAUACUAUACGCAUAUUCUUUCACACUCAAAUUUUUUUUUUUUACCACUAAGUAUGACCUAUAAUGAAUUUCCUUUUAAAUUUUUAAGCGUUUCUGUUAAGUCCAGCAAUUUUAUCUACAUAGUACCUACUAAGUUUUUUGUUAAAAUUUCCAGCCAUUACGGAUAUUUUUAACUGAAUAACAACUAAAAAACCAAAAUUGAAAAUAAUAAAAUAAUAAUUUUUGUAAGUAUUUUCAUUCUUUCUACGAUUUUUUUUCAGUUUCGCUCAAAUAAUAAAAAAUCUGCAAAUAAAAUCAAAAAACGAUUUUCUUGGUCAUCAAUUAGGUUACAAUUCCAAAAAAAAAAAAAAAAAAAAAAAAAAAACGAUUUCUUGUUGCUUUUCUGUUGGAGCAAUAUUUUUGGUAGAAAAGUUGUUCACACACACACACACACACACACACAAAAAAAAAAAAAAAACACGUAUCAUAGUAAAACCCGUAGAUCCCUCGACACGCUUCCAAUGUAAAAAUGAUCUGCGUCACGCAGUAACGUGACAUAACGUUUUGCGCGUUUGCUGUCGAUGCACCGGUGGCACCAAUGAAGGCUUUAUUACUCACUUUGUUUACGGGUCGGUUGAUGAGACGCGGCAGACUAGGUGUGAUUGUUAUCAGUGGUGUUACUGCAUUACAGACAUUCCAUUAGUGAGGAAUAAUGGAACAUAUCAAUGUUUUUUUUUUUUUUCUAACAUGCAUGAACAUACUACGAAUCGAUAACCUCACUUGUUUUUCGAUUCGUGCAUAUCGGGUAGAGCUUAACGAGCGACGCGUCUAAAACGGGAGGCAACAAAAUGUUAAUAUUAUACGACCCGACUGAAUACCAACGAAAUACAAACAGAUUUAUCCCUAUACGCUGUAUUGUAAAAUGUUUACUAAGACGUAUUACAACAAUAUUAAAUUAUUAUCGAGCACUACGUUAGUAUAUUAUAAAUAUUUGUCAAUUCAUUAGUAAUGAGUUGUCGGCCGUGUUGAAUUCGGACAAUUUUUCUAGGGCAAGAGGCUCAUUUUAUUUUAAUUGGUCGUAUCGUUGUGGAAAUGUGACGUGUAUUGCACACUUCAUAUAUUUAAUAAACACAAUUUAUUUACAUUUGUAUACAUCGUGCGCGGGGAGGACGAAUAUCUUCCACCAUCCCCCUUCGGAGUACAUCUGAAUCUAACACUGCAGGUUUGUCGGUAGGUAUACAGGAUAUUGCUGUACAACAGUGAUGAUGUAUUUGACCGCAUAGCUUCUGGUGCUCCUGUCGUGAUAACAAUAAUACUGCAUAUAAAUGAUACAAUAAUAAUGAUACCUAUUUACAUACGUUGAACAAGUUUUUAGAUUUUCGACGGGAAUAUGAUAUUAUUAGGUGGGUAGGUAAGGUAGGUAGAUUACUGUUGGGUACGCCGAAAUGGAAAAGGGGUUCGUUUGCCCUCAAUUAUAAUACUAUACGGCCUCCUCCUCCCCGCCCCAAUUCCCUCGGGUCGGACGAAAAAACCACCAACCGGCAGAUACUAUCGUCAGCUAUCCGCGAUUAAAAUCUAUAGUGCAUUUAUAUUCCGCCGUGUACCAUAUAUACAGUCGUUUUCGGACGGCUAUCGCGAAUUGAAAUCUAGUCAAUUUAUUCUCUAGCCGACUGCUAUUUUAUAAAUAUAUAUAUAUUUUUUUUUUUUUUUUUUUUUGUUAGGAAACGCUUAUCGUGCCCGCCGCGAUCGAAAUCUACACGCUUGCUGCCGCCGAAUGUGCACGUAUAUCCCACGAUACCCGUCCGUUUUUAUUGUUGAAUUUUAGAUUUCCGUCAAAGAUAUCAACAAUCUCGUUUAUACAUAUACGAGCAGCACAUUAUUAUUAUAUACAGGAUGUCCCACGAAGAUAGUGUGUACCCAUUGCGAUUUGAAAUUUAUCGGAAAGUAGAUAGGUGCCUAUUAUUUUUAUUCAAAAUUUGUCUUUUUCGACAAUUCUAGAAACGAACGUCUCUAAAAUGUUACAUUAUGGUUGAUUUUUUUCACUCUUAUUUUCAAGUAGGGAUGGCUAAACGCCCACCUAAUUUUGGUUAACAAACGGCAUCCUGCAGUAUUAAAAAUUUCAAAAAAUAUAUGGCGAAUUACCGUAUUAGUUCAAAUAGAAAGUUGACUGAAACUUAGAAUUUCAACGCCGAAAUGUAUUUAAAAUAAUACGCAAUAUACUUAUGGAAUUUCUAAUACAUAGAUUGUCAUUUGCAAAUCAAACUUAAGAAACCGUUUCGCCCUCUCCCCUUGAAAAUAAAGGUUACCAUAAAAAAUGGAAAUACAACAUUUUAGAAUCGCUUGUUUCUUGAUUUAUUAAAAAAAAAAAUUCCUGAAAUGUUAAUAUUUUUUUCGUUUCCGAGAUACAGUAAUGAGUGUCUUCGCGGAACAUUCUAUGCGUGUAAUGUGUACUUACGUAUCACGUGUGCACAUUUUUUUUCGCCUUGUAUUUCUAUAUUUGGGUAAGUGACCGCGGAACCGUCAUCACUUGCAUACGUAAUAUUAUUAUUAAUUUUUUUAUGCUGCGGCACAAAAUAAUAUAACGAGCCAUAAUACAGCCCUGCCCCCGCUCCCUCGACAUGACGUUAUAAACGAAAAAUAUCACUCAUAGCCUGCGAGUUGUAAGUGGACACUUAACGUAUGUCUGCUAGACAAUACUGUAGACAUUAUGAACUGUCGUGCGUAUGUAUAUGUAUAUGUAUGUACGUAUGUAUGUGUCUAUAUGUGUGCCUGAACGCGAUUACCGUCUAGACAUACAUUAUUAUUAUUAUUGUUAUAACCAUGAAACGGUGAAACGGUCGAAAACGGCCACGAAUAUAAUGUAUUAUCGAUUUAUAUAUAAACGAAUUCGUCCGAUAACGAAAACGAAUAAAAUAUUUAUGUCAUUACGUAAGUAUAAUAAUGUACGCUGCAAAUACCAAUCGACAAACGGAAAUGAAUAAUCGAAUAUUAUGCCAUUCGAUCGGUUAGACCGGCUACAAAUUAUAAGCGACGCCGUGAAAUAGCACUACGACAGUAGCAGUGAUAUUUCAAAAACGGCGGUUAAAAUGGACGGAGCGGAGUCCCCAAUCUAUUUAUAGUAAAAUUAUCAGCCCCCUUUAGUUAAAGUUUUUGGAGUUUGAGGGAAUACUUUAGUUUUUGUCAUUGAGACAUUUUUAAUGGAAUUUUAAAUACUAGGAAUAGUUUUAUCAAAAAUCAAUUCUUUAAUACCUAUUAUACUAUACGUUAUCAGGCUCUGUUUUACUACGCUAUUAGUGUAAUAUUUUCAUAAACAAAUGUGUGUGUAUGAGAAAAAAUAUUUUGGAAGUCCAUGAUGGGUUUUCUAAAAGUUUCGUUACGUUUAGUUAGUUCUUGCCUCUACAUUUCGAUAGAUAUAGUCCCUCUUUAUAGUUUUCCCUCUUUAACCACUGUUCACAAAUGGUUUAAAAAUAGCAAUCACAGAGACACAGACUGUUACUUUAGUUUUAUGAAAAUAUCAGUGAUUGUUACUUAGAUACUCUAUGACUUAAAAUAAUUUUUACUCUAUACUAAUAGUACUUUACUACUUCUACUUACUGUUACUGUUAGUCUUAGUGCUAUUACUUAAAUCUGUCAUACGCUAUUACACAUAUUCACAUUACAUUUGCUACUUAGUAUGAACAUAUUGUCUGCUAAUCUGUGUAUAAAAUAAUUACAAUAUCAGUUAUGUAUAAAGUGUAUAUAUUAAAUAUUAAAAUUAUAAAUUAUUGUUAUGCAUCAAAGUACCUUUUUUUUUUUAAUAAAGGACUACUAUUUUUGCAGGUUCCUGAGACCUUCCCAAAAGUACCAUCUAGAUAAAAUCCCCUCUCAGAAAUGAUGACGCUUGUAUAUAUAUCUGAGCAAGAUUUCUGGUAGAAUUUUUUUACGCAGUAUAAAAAAAAAAACUAUAGUAAAACCAAUAAAUUAUCCACCACACUCAGAAUCUAAAAAUAUUUCUAUAUGUUCUAUACAAUAUUAUAUACAGUGUCCUACGGUGUUAUCCGAUGCUAAUGACUGUCAAUAUUCAUUUUUUUUUCAAUCGUUUUUGUGUCAGGAGGCUACGAACAUAAAGGAAAAUUGAAUUAUAAAUUUAAUCUCUUAAUCAGUGACUGAAAAAUAACUUUAUUUUUUUACUUUUUAAAAUUUUCAAAAUACCCAUUUUGUAAAAUAUAUUUUAAACAUUUUAGUGUACAUAUUAUACAUUUAUAUUCGAUCAAUAGUUUCUUAAAAAUAGCCGUUUUAAUUUCAACAUUUUAACAUUUCUUAUCUUGCAUUCGAAUAAUACUGUAAGACACCCUUUAUGUAAACAUAUUUUACGAUAUUUUACUGUUCCGCAGGUGGAGACAUAUUGAACAACGACGGCUCCGGUUCCAUAAGCAUUUACGGCGAUACGUUUCCAGACGAAAACUUAAUAGUGAACGGCACGAAACCGGGAUUCGUGGGAAUGGCGAAUUCGGGUUGGUGUUUCAAACGUAUCAUACAAUGAUUGUUUGAUCGUCAAAUUCGUAUUAAAAUGUAUAAUAAAUUAUGGAGUAGUAAAAUAAUAGGUUUGCACUUUCGAAUUUUCCGAAACGGACGAGAAACCUAAUGUCUAAUAAAAAUUUCCUGUGGUUAAAAAAUAAGUUAGAUUUGGUUGCUAUUACUGCUGUGAUGUGAGACUUCUCUUUUUCCUUCGUUUUCAUUCCAGCUAUUUGGAGUCGGCCACCCUCGUUUUUAACUACCACUUGACUCAAUCUCCCACCUCACAUAUGUACACUAGCUGUCUUUGAGUGUCCUCAUAUCAUUCUCAAUCACGUCCAGCCACCCUUUUUUACGGUCUUCUUCUACCCCUUUUUCUUCCUACAUUUAUUUUCUUUACAACUCUUAUUGCUUCUGAUUUCUCUCACCUCAUGACAUGUCUAAAUUAUCUCUGUUUAUUUUCUCUCAUUUUGUCUACUAACGAAUUUACACUUUGGAUACCUCUUAUUAACUCAAUCCUUAUCCUAUCUUUUCUCUUCACUCCACUCAUUUACCUAAGAAUUGUCAUCUCUGAUAUAUUAACUACUUUGUUUUAUUUUUCUGUCUACCACCCAAUACUUCAAACCAUACAACAUAGAGAGUCUCAACAUACACUUGUAGAACUUACCUUUAAGUGCCAUUGAAUUUUCUUAUCACAUAAAUCACUUGAUUUUUCUUUCUACUUUAUUAAACUUCACUUACUUCUAUGAUGCAUAUCCUCUUUUUUUUUUUUGUUCCCCCAUAUAUUCGAGAUUGGAUAAUUCACUUAAGCCUUGUUUAUGUCUCCUCAAACUAUAUUAAAACAUUUAUACACCGGAUGUCGACCUGACACAACUCUAUUAUAUUUGUCGCCUCCUACAACAAAUAUACCUUUGAUGCAGUGUUAGGAAAGUUCCUUAAAGUGUUUCUUUUUUUUUCUUUUUUAUGAAUACGCAUAUUACAUAUUCAUAAAAAAAAGAUACUGCGAGAACGGGUGCAGCCACUGUUGGCAAUGAGAAGUUGGGAAGGUAGGAUAAUUAAAAUUGGAAACUAUUCUUACUUCUUAGAAUCUACAUGUUUAAAAUCCUAAUAAAUUGAAUACAGUUAGUUUCCUAGUUCCUAACCUAAAAAAUGAAAAAUGAAAAAACAUUAACUUGAAAAAAUAUUUCAUAAUCAAUAUACUCAAAUUCAAAAUAUAAUAGUUUAUUAACUAUACAAAAAAAAAAAAAAAAAUAUUACACUGAUAUUUUGUUUUGUUUAAGGACUAAUUUUUCCGACAAAGCAUAACCUGUGUCUUUUUACAGUCAUGACAUGAUGUCAUAAAGUAUGAUACCAACACUAAACAAUAUUAUCACUAGAAUAACGUACGUUAUUUUUUUUCUGAAUAAACGGAACGGAAGUUUGCGUUCACGUCAGGUCAGGGCUUAAUUUAAAGAAAUAGAGGUCUUGUACACUAUACAACUUUGGGGUCCUAUUUGAAUUAAAAAUGAAAUCGGUAAAAAUUAAAAACAAAAAAAAAACCGACAUAUUUCGCACGUGGAUACAACCUCUGUUGUAGGUGGGAAGUUGGGAUAAUAGGAUACAGACGGGAAUUUAAUGUAUAUCUGUAAGCAAAGAUAAACCAAUGCUAACAAAAAAACGAUUCUGAGUGGAAUUUAGUUGAUAGUGUCGUUUUGUCAACAAUAUAUGUCAUAUUAUGGUAAAAUGAUUAUUAACAAUGUGCAUUUUCAUGGCAAAAGUGAUUGUUUAAAAAAAUAUAAAUAAUAAAAACUUAAUAAUAACAAAAAAUAAAUAAAACUAUUGCCAAUGACAACCUUAUUUUCAAUCUUUCAAUUAUUUUUAACCUAAAGAACUAGUCAUUUCUCGUCAUUUAGAAUAUUAAUAUUCAAUUUAAAAAAAUGACCUCUUUAAAGUACCACCCAGAGAACAUUUACUUUCCGAAAAGGUGCUAUACUUGAUAAUCGGAGUAAGCUUUCCGGUAUAAAAAGUGUUCACAUAAAAGAAAAAUAAUAAAAUAAACAUUAUUGUAAAACCAAUACAUUCCUUACUCUGUUCAGAAUCUAAAAAUAUACAUACAAUAUAUAUAUAUAUAUAUAUUUAUAUAUUUAAAAGGUAGAUUAUAACAUCAAAUAUCUUAAAUUAUAUCAAAUUUAUAUCUAUAAAUCGCAAUUAUUUUUUUUUUAAAUCAAGUUAAUUUCUAUAAGCGUUUUGUUUCUUGUAAUUUUUUUUUGCGAAUUCAGCAAUAAUGUUUUCAAACGAUUGAUUGCCCGUAACGAUAAAGUAUUUAUCCAGUUUUUCUUUAGUUAAAGAAAAAUAUAUUCGAGUUUUAAUACGUUCAAGUGAAAAAUAUGGUGGAUACAUAAAUAUAAGGAAAUUAAAAUAUUCUGAAACAUAUAAUAAUUACUUAUUAAACACUAUACCCAAUCGUAUAUCUACCAAAAAUAUAAAGUAUAAAAGUGUAAUAUUUUUUUUUUAUAAAGUGGGAGACGGCCCUCAGAAUCUGGAGGCCCUAUGCUUGUGCACUGUGUGUACAUACGGAAAUCAGGGCCUGGUUCACAUAAAUAUACAAGAACUCUUUCCCGUUCCUCGUUCCUAUAUUUGAAAAAAAAACGCGUUUCUUCCUAACACUGUUAGGGUGUAUUCGAGUCCUCUUCUACAGGGAUGACUGUUAUGUAUUUAUAAUUUUACCUGACUAUAUUGUGAUCUCUUACUCAUUGGAUUCCUCCAUACAUGCCGCCAUACUAUUUUUUUCUUUUACUUUUGGUUUCCGAUGGUUACAAGAAGAAAAGGGCUGAUAUACUAUGGAGGGGUGACUGGUGUAGGUAGGUCGUGGGUAGUUAGGAUGGUGGGAUACCUACAUAAAGUUAUUUAAUUUAUACCUGUAACCAACGACAAACCAUUGCUAACGAAAAACGAUUCAGAGCGAAAUUCGGUUAUACAUACUUUAAAAAGUCGUAAUAUUUACAAUUUUCGUUAGCAUUAGAUUUCAAAACGUAUAUCUAUAAACAAAUACUACAUUGCACUCAAUUUUUUUUUGCAACAUAUACGACUUAAAAUCACUCUCCUGUCAACAUUUCAAGCAUUUUUGUUUAGCCUAACGAUUUUUUUCACAGAGUACCUACCAAAUAAAAAUUAUGUGAAAAAGUCGCAAAAUUAAAAUUCCUAUAAAUAGCACAAAAAUUCAUACAAUUUUACCACGUCUAGAAAAAACAAAUAUUAGUUUUCUGUCAAAAUUUCAAGUCUUUACGAAUAUUUUUAUCUAAAUUACAGAGCAAAAACAAAACUGAAAAUAAUACAAAAAUUAUUUUCAUACAUUUUCCCGUAUUUUCUACGUAUUUUUUGGUUUUGCUUAAUUAUUUAAAAAACUACAAAGAAAAUCAAUAAACGAUUAUCUUGAUCAAUAACUGGAUUAUAAAAUUUAAAAAAAUAUCCAUUCUAAUGGAGCAAUAUAUUUGGUAAAAAACGUGAAUCAUAAAAAUUUAAAAUAAGGAUUGCUUGUAAAUUUAUCAGUUUUCAUUUUUCGGAAUUUUCCGAUUUAUCUCAAAUAUUACAAAAACUACCAGGAAAAUCAAAAACCAUAUUAAUUACUUACGAAUUAGAUUAAAAAUCAAAAAGUGACUUCUCUAAUGCAUCAACUGGAGAAAAUUGUCUUUAAGAAAAAAUGCUACACUGCGUACAUCAGAGCAAGAUUUCUUGUAGAAAAAUUGUUCACAAAAAAAAAUAAUACGCUUUCUGAAUCUAAAAAAACUGUUAUUUAGUAUUUAAUCUGGAUUUCUCGUUCAAUAAUGUUCUCUUUAAAAAAAAACGUAAAAUAAAUUAACUGAAUCGGAGAUAUGAUAGGAAUAGGGAGACGUGUAAAAAGUACUUUUCCGAUUUUUUUUUAUAACCUAACUUAAAGUCAAAGGAAUUGAAUACAGAGGGAACCACGUGAACGUAUAACAUUAUAUAAUAUUUGCUCAGGUCCGGAUUCGAACGGAUGUCAGUUUUUCAUAACGACCAGACCAACGCCGAGUUUGAAUGGCCAACACGUCCUGUUUGGGCUAGUUUUAGACGGACAAAAGUUCGUGCACAUUAUCGAGCGGCAGAGGAGUGACCAUUUGGGGAGGCCAACCAAAGAAAUCCGAAUAAAGAAAUGCGGACUACUUGGCAAUCGGCCGCCGUUCGUCAUCACAGAUUUUCCGUACAGGUGAGACGGUUCGAAAAGAUACUAAUAUUUAUAUUAUAAAUGGACAACAUUUGCAUCCAUUUCACAAAAUAGAACCGCGGUUUCUCCAUUUCUCGUAAUUAAACAAUACGGAUAACAUUCCGCGAAAUGGAUACCUAAACUUUACACAGCGGAACUUAUUUCAUCAUUUAGAUGUCCGUAACACGAAAUAAUACACUAAUAAUAAUAAUAAUACAAUAAUAUAUUAAUUUUUUUUUUUAACGAAUUUCGUGUUUCACAAUUGACAAAAAGAAAACUAUUUUUUUAAAUUUUUUUUUAAGAUUACAAAUUUCUAUUAUUAUCAUUUAUUUGAACAUGUCUAAGUAAUAUGACAACGAGAAUUACAUUUUAAAUAACCUUUAAAACGAGCAUAUUUUUUUGUUGUACAUUUACCUUUACAGUAACAGCUAAAAAAAAGGCCUGACCUCCUGUUAAAGAUGAUACAAUUUCUCUGAUUGUAAUUUCUUUUGUCUUUACUUGGUCGAUAUUAAUGAACUUGAAUGUGGCCGGUUGAAUAUUUCCUAUACCAACCUUUUAUAAUGCUAUAUUCAGUUCCUAAACGGUUGAGAUAAUAUGUUAUGUUCCAUCACUACUGCAAUAAUUGAAUAAUGUUCGCUGGAUCUGUAGGGCCUCUAUCCACCUUCGGAACGAAGUAACGACGGUUGUCGACCGAUAAUAAUAUUUAUACAGUAGAUAAAGCUAAAAAAAAAUGUUUUGAUCUUCAUUUAUGAUCAACCGAUAAGGAUAUUGCCAUACCAACCAAAAACUCUUGAUAUACAUAAGGUUUAAAUAAAUAAUAAUAAUAGAGAGAUAAUAAAAAAUGAUCGUGAAAUGGAUGCAAACGUUGUCCAAUUUGUGAAAUGGACAAUAACGCGAUAUAGAUGCGGCAUUAUAUAUGUAUAUGUGUGUAUACUGUAUACAUACAGGAUGAUUCACUAAGUGGGAUUUUAUCCCACUUUUUGGUUAAAUUUUACAUAUUAUAUUCUAGUUCUGAUUUUUGCAAUUUUUAAAUGUAGUAAAAAAGUCGAUAUUUUCAAAUAUAUGUUGUUAAUAAAUGUUUAACAAUAUUUAAGGAGUAUCCUGUGGUGACAGCAUUUUUCGGUUUUCAAAUGACCUAUAAAAUACCUAUAUACACAAAUAGACGAAGUAUAUUACUUUAAAUACACUUUGGUGGCAACAUUUUUAAUUCCCUUCAACCCGUUAACAAGAUAUUCCACUUUAAGUUUAGGAAGGGGGAGAGUAGUGGAGUAUCAUUUGUGUGGGGGCGCGGCACGCAGCGUUUUAUUAAUGCUCCGCUACUCUACUCCAAACUAAAAUUAAAAGUGAAAUAUCUCGUCAACAUGUUGACGGAAAUCAAACAUCAACAUUUAUUUAAAGUAAUACUCCAUCUAUUUAUGGAAUUUUUAGUAUAGAUUCUUACUUUAAAAACCAAAGUAGUUAUUGCUACAGGAUAUUCCUUAAAUGUUAUUAAAAAUUCCAAAAAACAGAGUUUGAAUAAAUUAAAAAUUUUACCAAAAAAUGGACUGAACCCGAUUAGUGAAUCACCCUGUAUAUACAUUAUAUUAUUUGUAAUUUUAAGUAAUUUUGUCAUCCUCAUAACUAUAAGUUGUACAGCGGUAUAACCGAAGUAUUAUAAUAAUUAUUGAGUUAUAUUUGAAUGCUCAUUUAUAAUUUUCUGCUAAUUGACUAUUUGUCAAGUAAAUUGCUUGUAAUAUUACUAUGUAUAUUUGUUUUGUGUUACAUAACGCUAGGAACCUAUUUGUCUUAAAGAACUAGCUAUAUUUUAUUUUGUUCUAGUAUAUAUUUUGAGUUUUGUCGUCACUUUAGACUUCUAAUAUAAGAGUCUUCAUCACUACAUUCACAAUCAAAAAUAACUUUAAUAUUAGACACGAAAUCCACCGUUGGCCGUGCAAUACCCUCAUAUCUAAAUUAGUUAUCCUGACCGUGGCCGCUAGGGGUACUCCAUCGUAUUUGUGUCUAGGGGCUCCUCAGGCUCCAAGGUUUCAAAAAUACCGCCACUUAACUGCUGACCGUCUUUUGUGCAGAUAUUUUUAAUAAAUAUAUAGCAUUGUUCAGCUUUUUGUUGACUAGUUGCAAAAUUGAUACAUAGACUAAUCGUAAAAUAAUAAAAUAAAAUAAUUUAUUAUUAGUAAUUGAGCGAGGGAGAAAAAUGUAUACACAAUUUAUUACGGAAAAACGAAAUUUCACUGAAAAUCACUUGUGUGAAUAUAUGUCACCAAGAAAUUUAUUGUUAUUUUUAAAAAAUAUCAUCGAUCCAUAACACCGACUUCCGAUCUAAUACCAAAACGAUUUUCACAGACUUUAAAUUUUCCAUCUAUCGAGGCAUUUUAAAACAAAGGUUCCAGAAGCUUUUGAGGGCCAGGCCGACACUAAUACAAAACCUAAUAAGCCAGUACCACUACGAGAUAAAUCAUUUUUAUUUUUUAUCUAUCCAUUUUUUUUUUUUUUUUAAUUACAGCUCGACCAUUUGGCAAUGGAUAUCCGCAACGGCCAUACCGCUAUCGAUGUCUAGCGCAAUUUUAUUGUUCUUUCAGUGGGUCAUUUAUCAAAUAAACAAAAUGAUCAUUUAA